UCUGGGCGGGGUAAAUUGUGGCGGUGUGGGGGACACUGAAUGACUUUGUGCCUGUGUUUAGCAGGGUAGCUGGCUAGUUAGUCCAUUUAUUUGACAGGUACAGCCUUUUCAGAGCUAUGGAGGCCCUUAUCCCUGUCAUCAACAAAUUACAAGAUGUGUUUAAUACAGUUGGCGCGGACAUUAUCCAGCUGCCGCAGAUUGCUGUUGUUGGAACGCAGAGCAGUGGGAAGAGUUCAGUGCUAGAGGCUCUGGUGGGCAGAGACCUUCUGCCCCGGGGUACUGGCGUCGUCACCCGUCGGCCCCUCAUCCUCCAGCUGGUCCACGUGGACCCAGAGGACCGCAGGAAGACCAGCGAGGAGAAUGACCCCAAUGCCUGGAGAAACAUGCGCCUUUACAAAGGCGUCGACGGAGAGGAAUGGGGCAAAUUUCUACACACCAAAAACAAGAUCUACACAGACUUCGACGACAUCAGGCUCGAGAUCGAAGCUGAAACGGAAAGAGUUUCUGGCAAUAACAAGGGAAUCACUGAUGAGCCCAUACACCUGAAAAUCUUCUCCCCUCACGUAGUCAACCUCACGCUGGUGGAUCUGCCAGGUAUCACAAAGGUCCCGGUGGGAGACCAGCCCAAAGACAUAGAGGUGCAGAUCAAAGACUUGAUCGUGAAGCACAUCUCUAACCCCAACUCUAUCAUCCUGGCUGUGACUGCUGCCAACACAGACAUGGCCACCUCAGAGGCCCUCAAAGUGGCGCGCGAGGUCGACCCUGAUGGCAGGAGGACGUUGGCUGUGGUGACCAAACUGGACCUGAUGGAUGCUGGGACAGAUGCCAUGGACGUACUGAUGGGCCGAGUCAUCCCUGUCAAACUGGGCCUCAUAGGAGUGGUCAACAGGAGUCAGCUUGACAUCAACAAUAAGAAGUCAGUGGCUGAUGCCAUCCGUGAUGAAUAUGCCUUCCUACAGAAGAAGUACCCUUCCCUCGCCAACAGAAAUGGAACCAAAUACUUGGCCAGAACGUUGAACAGGUUGUUGAUGCACCACAUUAGAGACUGUCUCCCGGAGCUGAAGACUCGUAUCAAUGUGCUGGCGUCCCAGUACCAGUCCCUGCUGAGUAGCUACGGUGAACCUGUAGAGGACCAGAGCUCUACUCUGCUGCAGCUCAUCACCAAGUUCGCUGCAGAGUACUGCCACACCAUCGAGGGCACCGCGAAGUACAUAGAGACAACAGAACUGUGUGGUGGAGCACGAAUCUGUUAUAUUUUCCAUGAGACGUUUGGUCGGACGCUGGAGUCCGUAGACCCGCUGGGAGGUCUGACCACCAUAGACGUGCUAACAGCUAUUAGGAAUGCUACAGGCCCGCGGCCUGCCCUGUUUGUGCCCGAGGUGUCAUUUGAGCUGCUGGUGAAGAGACAGGUGAAGAGACUGGAGGAGCCCAGCCUGCGCUGUGUGGAGCUGGUUCACGAGGAGAUGCAGAGGAUCAUCCAGCACUGCAGCAACUAUAGCACACAGGAGCUGUUGAGGUUUCCUAAGCUCCAUGAUGCCAUAGUAGAAGUGGUCACAUCCCUCCUCAGGAAAAGGUUACCAGUCACCAAUGAGAUGGUUCAUAACCUGGUGGCCAUCGAGUUGGCUUAUAUUAACACCAAACACCCUGACUUUGCUGAUGCCUGUGGCCUCAUGAACAACAACAUAGAGGAACAGAGACGCAACAGAAUGAGAGAGCUGCCCUCAUCUGUUCCUCGGGAUAAGUACUUUAAGGGCCCAGGUGGUCAGUCUCUCUCCCCCACUGAUCUUCCUCCCCCAGAAGGAGAAGGACCCAAGACUGCAGGUGGUGGUCCCCAGGGAGACCAGGACGGAGGGACAGGGAACUGGAGGGGCAUGCUGAAGAAGGGAGAGGAGGGGAUGGGUGGAGACAAGUCCAUGCUCCAGACCUCAAACCCCGCCAGCCCACAGAGGGGCCAUGCCGUCAACCUGCUGGAUGUGCCAGUUCCUGUUUCCAGGAAACUAUCGGCCAGAGAGCAGAGGGACUGUGAGGUCAUCGAGAGGCUUAUCAAGUCCUACUUCCUCAUCGUCAGGAAAAACAUCCAGGACAGCGUGCCCAAGGCGGUGAUGCACUUCCUGGUGAACCAUGUGAAGGACAGCCUGCAGAGUGAACUGGUGGGUCAGCUGUAUAAGGCUGGUCUGCUGGACGACCUGCUCACCGAGUCUGAAGACAUGGCCCAGAGACGCAACGAAGCUGCAGACAUGCUCAAGGCCUUGCAGAAAGCUAGUCAAGUGAUUGCCGAGAUCAGAGAAACACACCUGUGGUGAUGACCUCUACCUCCAUACACUCUCCCUCCCACAAGGACCCUAAACCCUUCCCCCUAAGCCCUAAGCCCUGUUCUGUCUCAAACCUACCUGGACUGCAGAGACGGCGAACUUGGAAAUGCACUGGUGUCACAAUUUGUGUUUUUAUUGUGUCUCAAUUCUCCAUCCUCCUCCUAAAGUUUGCACUUCCACACUCCCCUGUCAUGGUUUUAAAAGCAAUGGAUUGGUGUAAGCACUGGCUGGAGGGAGUUUCCACUGUUUUGUUAAAUCCAUGACCGGAUAAGUGUAAAAGUGCACACUUCUGGAGAAUUGGGACGCACAUUUGAAGAAAGUUGUGUGAUGUAUUAUAGGGACUUGACCAAUACGAAGGGCAGUAAAUACAGAAUCAGUCUUCACCUGCACCACACCACACACCAAAUUAUCUUUCAUAUGUAAGUAGUAGUAUUAUAUUGAUGAACAUGUAAGGUGUGAGGCCUACCUACCGAAUAAUGUAGAGUUAAAUUAAAGAUGUUUACUCUA